AUGGAUUCAACAAUCUCUUCUAUUCUCGAUCUUAGUCAACGACCAACGACGAAAAACAAUAAUCACCCAGAUAAUAUUAUCGAUAAUUGGACCAAUGGUUCUUCAUGUCAAUACACAGAUACAAUUUCUGACGAUGAUUUUCGAAGAUUCGAUUUGAGAAACGAUUUUGAUAUUGAACAAUCAUUAACUGAUCAAUAUCAAAAUGUGCCAAUAAAAGAAGAUUCGUUGUCAGAUAGUUCCAAUAUUCAAAAAUCCAAACUUGAUUUUCGUCAUCGCCAGGAAAAUUCCCCUUCAUCCUCUUCUCGAUUAACAAUUCACAAUCUUCAAAUCUCUUCAUUAUCCUCUCCAUUCUCUCCUUCGAAUUUUCUCUGGUCGAAGUAUUUUUCCUUAAUCAACGAACGCUCUAUUUCGGAUGAAUUUUUCGAUCAUUAUUUAUCAUCAAUUCGUUCCGGUUUUGAAAUCGACAUGAAACUCGAAUAUUGCUAUGAUUUACAAAAGGACUUAUACUGGCUAACGCAAAUUCAAUUAGUUUCUCAUCGACUCAUUCUUCUACAUUUCGUUGGAAUACCUGAUGAAGACAUGUCAAAUGAUUUCUGGGCAGAUAUAUACGGCCAACGUUGUCAUCCGAUCGGCUGGUGUAAAGACAAUAGUAAGUUGAUGUUACCGCCGCCCAUCGUCACCAAACGCGCAAUUCAACAAGCGACGAACAAUAAUAGUAAUGUGAGUCUUAACGGGAACGAGAAAAAUGAUAAUAAUGAAGAAUUGGAAACACCGGCGGCGUAUUUAUUUGAUAAAGAUGUUGGUUUGAACCCAAUUGAACAAUUAAAAUGCGGAAUGAUUCUAGAAAUUCAAGAUGUUCAUCGUCCUUGGACUCUAUGGUUUGUUCGGAUAAUCAACAAUCGCGGUGGACGAUUAGAUCUUCAAUAUGUUCAUUCGAUAACCGACCAAGAUCCUUCAUGUGAUAUUCAUAUAUUUUAUCUCGACUGGCGUGUGCAUUUCGUUGGUUGGACAUCGGAAAAUUCGUCAGUGUAUUCUUAUGACACUGCAUCAAAUUUAUCGUUGACUUCGGACAAACAAUCGAUCAUUGAUAUGUGUUUAACUCAAUCGAAGAAGCAGUUUCACGCGAAAGACCUUUUCAAAGAUCAAGAACAAAUUCGUAAACAUCGCUUUACCGAAGGAAUGAAGUUAGAAGUUUUCGACGAGAUAACACAGAAUAUUUACGUUGGCAAAAUCGGCUUGAUUCACAAUGAAUAUUACUUCGAUGUUGUUAUUGAAAACGAAAAUGAGACGAAAUUUAUCGGACAUGCUACUCAUCCUCAUAUUUUACCAGCUCAUUGGGCGGCCGAACAUCGAUUCGUCUUGAUGAAAGGAAGAGGUGUUCGUCAAUCGGAGGAUUAUUGGAAUCAUUAUAGCGAAAAAACGGAGAACAAUGAUUUAGCCCCUGAACGUUGUUUCAAUUUGAUAACAUUAAAUUCUACGGGAAACAAUCGUGCUGAACCCGGAAUGAAAUUGGAAAUGAUUUAUACGUUGAAUAACUGUGAUCGAGUGUUUUCAGUGACACUUAUUCAUGUCGUUGAUCAUCUAAUGUGGUUAAGAGUUGAUAAUACAAGUUUAUUCGAUGAUGAACGUCUCUUUUAUCAUGUUAUGCCGAUUAAUUCAUUGGAUAUCUUUCCGGUUGGCUGGGCGAAAUUCAAUAAUUUCGAACUAUUACCUCCAAUCGAAUACAAAGUCGAGAUCGAAACUUACGAACAAAAUCGAUAUGAAUUAUUUUCGUCAGUGACGCACUAUCCUCAAAUCCCUCGAGUUUAUAUGAACAAUGAAAUUUACCAAUUAACAUUAUACGUGAACAUUCGGUGUUUAUCUGGUCCACAUCUCUGUGCUUCCCGACUUGCUCGUAUUCCCUCUCGAUUCGGUCCUGGUCCAUAUCGUCAUGUUCUCAUCGACAUGUUCCAUCAUCUCCUUUCAGCGACGUCAACAUCAACAAACACACUUCGAGCGCUGCGUCGACUUGAACAUCCAGCGAACACUUCGAAUUUGAAAACUGAAUAUAUCAAAGCGGCGAAAAAAGCUUCGAAACUGAUUCGACCAGUCUCUCUACCAACGGAUCCACAUGUAGUGUAUCAAUACAUUCGUCACGUAUGUACACAACUAGAAACAUGUCCAAAUUUAAUCAGUAUGGCACGACUCGAACAUCAAUGUCCAGACAAAUGCCAUCGUUUAAUGAAUUCAUUUGCUCAUUCAAUUCACUCGAAACAUAAACGAACACAACAUCGUACGGCUCAAAAUCGACAACGGAAACAAAAGUCUUUGUUAUGCCUUUUAAAGCCAAGCACAGUUCUUUCGGCAGUUUCGACACCUGUUGUAGAAGUACUACCAUCAGUUGACACAGGAUCAUCCGAAACAUUUUCAAACGACAACUCGUCUCCAACACUUCAACCUCCUCCACUGCCGGGAAGUGAUCGAAAGACGCGUGGUUUUCGUGUUCAUAUUGAGCCACGAACACACACAGUAACACGAACAAAUCGAAAACAAAAACUAGCGAUUAAACAAGAACCAAUCAAAGUAAUACAACCUAAAAUAGAACCUUCACCACCAGAACCCAUUCCAACCAAAGAAUUACCCAAACGAUCCCGUUUGCCGAAAAAUAAACGCUCAGCAUCUCCUGUGAUAACUAUGAAUAUUUUAUCGAAUCCAUCAUCACCUCCAUCGAAUAAAGCAAAGAAGAAACGACGUUCUCCUCAAUUCGUUCCUGAUUUUUCAUCUGCAAUUCCAAAAGUGGAAAUUUCCCCUCCCACAACGCUACUUCAAUCAACUUAUCCAAUUUCUCCAAUUGAUACGCGAAAUCCGGUCACAUGGAAUGUUAACGACGUCUGUUCCUAUUUGAAUCAAUCUGGAUGUUCCUUUGCCUUGAAAACAAUCAAAGAACAAGAAAUCGAUGGUGCUGCUCUCCUUCUUCUCGAUGAUUUACCAAAAGUCCAAGAUUUACUCGAAUUCAAACUAGGUCCAGCUGUGAAAUUUUGUCAUGUCGUCGAACAACUACGUACACAAGUGAUCGAUACAUUUCAUUCAUCUCCUUCAUUGAAAAAUUCACGUUUAUCCACGAAAAAUACAUCUUAA